AACAUCAAACAAAAUUCAAACAAUAAUCAUACGGUAUAGCUAGUAUAAUUCUUUAUUAUUGUCCCUUUCAGAAAUAAUAAUAAUAUAAUAUACCUUCAUUCAUUUCUAGAAAAAGAAAUGGUUGUUGUGAUAAUGGACCUCUUAAAAAACUGGUGUGAUGAGCCGCAAGAAGAUAGUCUAGUACACCAAUCGUACCAUUGCCACGAAUGUAUGGACGGUGAUGAUAAUGACGCUGAUGAUCAGGAUGAGGAAGAUGACGGGGAGUACUCGGAACCCGAGUUCAUAGAACCCGAGGAAGAAGAGGAAGAGGAAGAAGAAGAGGAAGAGGAAGAGGAGGCGGAUCCAUCAGAUAGUGAUGAAGAACUGGGGGAUCACAAUUACCCUUUUCGAAGCCACGACCCAUAUCGGGAUACAGAUUCGGAUGAUUCCGGGUAUGACGACGCGGAUGAAGAGGACGUUGAUGAUGAUGCAGAAGGCAUGGAUGCAGAUGACAGCGGAGAUGACAAUCGCUAGGGAGUGCUGCUUAAUGUUCUUAUCAAGUGGUUUUCGUCCUCAAAUAAAGUUCUCAUACUUAAUUCCAACUACAUGCACUUUCCUUUGUUUAUCUCAUGUGAUCUAUCUACGCACGACGACGUACUACGUGGAGCAGCUGGCUUAAUAUCCAUAGGCCAUACGUACCUUGGAUCAUCCACUCGAUCCAUCCUAUGCUUAAAUAUAUUCGUUUGUUGUUUAUUUACCGAUUUACGUACUAAAGUGAUCUAUCAUACCUCUAUAACACCUUAAUUCAUGUUUCUUACAUUUAAACCUGAGUGUGGCAAAUUUUUCCUUAAUUCAUGUUUCUUACAUUUAAACCUGAGUGUGG